UUUCCCUACAGCAAUCAAAUCCGAAAUGGCUAACAUUUGGCUUCUCUCACUUAUCUUCAUCAUCUGUAUUCUUCUCGCCGUUUGCAACCACAAGAGGCAUCGAAAAUAUCGGCAGUUACCAUCUCCGCCAGGCUUACCGGUCAUUGGAAACUUACACCAGAUUGGAGAAUUACCACAUCAGUCUCUAUGGAAACUCUCAAAGAAGUAUGGUCCUGUGAUGCAUUUGAAACUUGGAAGAGUACCAACAGUCGUAGUUUCUUCCGCUGAAACAGCAAGACAAGUUCUGAAAGUUCAUGACCUAAACUGUUGUACCCGUCCAGGCUUGAUAGGGCAAAGAGAGCUCUCUUACAACUAUUUGAACAUUGCUUUCUCUCCUUUUGAUGAUUACUGGAAAGAAGUAAGGAAGCUUUGUGUUCAAGAACUCUUUAGUACUAAACAAGUUCACUCUAUUCAACCCAUUAAGGAAGAGGAGGUCAAGAAACUGAUCGAUUCAAUUUCGGAAUCAGCUUCUCAGAAGAGUCCUGUUAACUUGAACAAGAAGUGUCUUGCUUUAACUGUAAGUGUAGUAUGCAGAGCAGCGUUUGGUGUGAGUUCUGAAGGAACUUUACUUAGCAAUGACAGGUUCAACAAGUUAAUCCGUGAAGCAUUCGAGAUGUUGGGAAGUUUCUCUGCCUCAGAUUUUAUCCCUUACAUCGGUUGGAUCAUUGACUGGUUCACUGGUUUGCAAGGGAGUAGAGAAAAAAGCGCACGAGAUCUCGAUGCGUUCUAUGAACAAGUUAUUGAUCUGCAUAAAGAGGGAAAGGAAGUAGGCAGUGAGGACUUUGUGGACUUGCUAUUAAGAUUGGAGAAAGAAGAAGCAGUUCUUGGAAAUGAUAAACUCACAAGAAACCAUAUCAAAGCAAUCUUGCUGGACGUUCUUCUCGCGGGAAUGGAUACUUCUGCAAUAACAAUGACAUGGGCAAUGACAGAACUUGCAAGGAAUCCACGAGUGAUGAGAAAAGUUCAAACUGACAUCAGAACUCAAAUGGGAAACAGAGAAAUAGUCAGCAUGGAUGACAUAGAACAGUUCCAUUACCUGAAAAUGGUGAUCAAAGAAACAUGGAGACUACAUCCUACAACACCUCUUCUACUCCCAAGAGAAGUGAUGUCUGAAGUUCAGAUCGAUGGUUACACGAUUCCGGUCAAGACACGGAUUCAUGUAAAUGUUUGGGCUAUCGGGCGUGAUCCCAAAACCUGGAAAGACCCUGAAGUGUUUCUCCCAGAGAGGUUUAUGGAUAGCGACAUUGAUGCUAAAGGACAACACUUUGAGCUGUUACCCUUUGGGGGUGGCCGGAGAAUUUGUCCUGCAAUUUACAUGGGGACAACAAUGGUGGAGUUUGGUCUGGCUAAUCUUUUGUAUCAUUUUGACUGGAAGUUACCAGAAGCCAUGGUGGUCGAAGAUAUCGACAUGGAAGAAGCUCCUGGACUCACUGUCAACAAGAAAAACGACCUUCUACUUGUGCCAACGAAGUAUUUAAAUCCUUAAAAAACUAAAGUUCAUCAUAAGGAAUAAUAAAUCUUGAUAGAACAAAAUCUCAUAUUACCUUUCUUGUUAUGACUUAUGAGUAUGUUAAUUGCAAAUUCAACUGAAUAUGUCAUUUCCCUAUGCAUGAUAAGUUUUUCU